AUGGGAUUCUCCUCUACCAAGUCCGAUGUCUCACUAUUCUUCAAACACACCAACGAAGUUACUGUGUUCCCCCUUAUGUAUGUGGACGAUAUUAUUGUCACUGGAACUUCAAAGGGGGCUUUUGCUAAAUUGGUGCAGCACCUUCACUCUAAAUUCUCACUUUGGGAUAUGGGAGAAUUAAGGUAUUUCUUGAGCAUUGAAGUUGCCCAAAAAUCUUGUGGAGUCUUAUUACUAUCUCAGACGAAGUACAUUGAUGAUUUGCUGAAGAAAGCUCAAAUGGGAGACUCUGAGGCUGCAACUACCCCUAUGACUUCUAAUAUGAAGUUAAACUCUACAAAUGGUGUGCCAUUUGAGCAUGUGAGCAUGUACAGGUUUGUUGUAGAUAGCCUCCAAUAUCUCAUUGUCACUAGGCCUGAAAUUGUCUUUUACAUUGAAGAUCGAAAAUUCACUGCUGGUUAUUGUGUCAUGUUUGGGCUAAAUCUUGUGUCUUGGUGCUCGAAGAAACAAACUGUCGUCUCUCGUUUCAACACAGAGGCUGAGUACCGAGGCAUUGCAAGUGCUGUGCUAAUGUCUGCAAAUUCUGUGCUACACUCUCGAUCAAAGCACUUUGAGAUUGAUCUCCACUUGGUGCGAGAUCAUGUAGCCAAAGGACGAGUUCAGAUUCAUUAUAUACAUGGGGUGCUCAAAUUGCCGAUGUCAUAA